AUGGAUUUCGCUUUUCUUGGUUUAAAUGGAUUUGCGGCUGCUGGACUUCCCAUGCUUAAUAUGCUCAACAUGGGCAUGGGUUUGAGCGGCGUUAAUUUGGGCAUUAGCAAUGUAAUGGGGACUAAAGUAUAUGAGCAAAACGGUCCUGUCUAUAACGGCCCUGGAUCUAGGGUUGAAAACCAACCAUUUAUGUUGAUAAAGCCGGAUAUACAACAGCGGGAGGCGAUAGACAGAGCUAAAAAGUUUGCUAUUGAGCAAAGUGUCAAAUCGGCCUGGGAAAAGCAAGCGCGCCAGCAGCAACAACUUCAGGUUCAACAUCAACAGCAACAGCAACAACAACUCUUGCAAGCACCUGCUAUCAACAAAAAACAGCAGACACUGGCUCUAUUAAGUCGUAUAUAUGUUGGUUCAAUAAGCUACGAUCUCAAGGAAGAUGCCAUCCGUCAAGCUUUCGUCCCUUUUGGACCUAUUAGAUCGGUCAGCCUUAGUUGGGAUCAGAUGACACAGAAACACAAAGGUUUUGCUUUUAUAGAGUAUGAAAAUCCUGAAUCAGCUCAGCUGGCUGUCGAACAAAUGAAUGAUUCAAGUCUUGGUGGUCGUCAGCUCAAGGUUGGUCGCCCAAGCAAUCUUCCUAGAGCCGAACCAAUGGUCGAAGAACUUGUAAGAGAACAUAACCUUGAGAAAAGGAUAUACGUAUCUGGCGUUCACGCUGAUUUGUCAGAUGAAGACCUUGGGUUGGUCUUUGAAGCUUUUGGGAAGAUUAUUUCCUGCAAGUUAGCACCGGAUCCCACUAAAGCGCAGAAACACAGAGGAUUUGGUUAUAUUGAGUAUGAGACGGAACAAGCUGCCAACGAUGCAGUGGCUAGCAUGAACUUGUUUGAUCUUGGAGGUCAGCUUUUGAGGGUUGGAAAGGCGAUGUCUCCCCCAGAAGGGGCCAUAUCCACUUCCAAUAUGUCCAAUGUUCCUGUUGCUGCUGCUGUGGCUGCUGCCUCAGCCACGGCCAAAGUCAUGGCACUAGGAAAUAAUAUCAAGGCUAGAUCGGAGGGUCUAAUGGCGGGUAACCUCAUGGCCAGCCUAGGAAUACCUGGCAUAAGCUCUAAUGAUACCUCCUCUUGGGAUCAGGUUGAAGCACAAGAAGUAUUGAAUUCCAAUAAUGAAUUGGCUUCAACCAGUUUUGACGAUGAUGGUGGCACUUUAGAGCAUCAAGAAAACUUUAUGAUCAGAGGUCGUGAUGCCAGAAGUGCAAUAAUGCAGAAGUUAAUCCGGCCUCCUACUCAAGGAGUCUUAAUUUUGCGUAAUAUGGUUGGUCCUGAGGACUGUGACGACGAUCUCGAAGGAGAAGUUAAAGAAGAAUGUUGUAAAUAUGGUCAAGUUGAUCGAGUUGUUAUUUAUCAAGAGUUGGAUGAAAAUGGUAGCCUUAUCAUAAAAAUCUUCGUAGUUUUCUCAGAGUCAGAAUCGGUUGAUAGAGCAGUCUCAUCCCUUCAUGGUCGCUAUUUCGCAGGUCGUCAAGUUUCUGCCGAGUCUUAUGACUUAGACAAAUUUGACGCUAAUGAUCUCACCGGAUAG